GGAUCUAUUGCAAAAAAGUCAUCUUCAGGCUAUUGUGCACGUUAUAUCUGCUCAGAAUGCUUUCAACAACAGAGCAAACAUUUGUAUGAAAGACUAGGUAAAGGCCAAAAAAUCGUAUCAUGUACUGAAUGUGGGAAACAUUGUGAUGAUACAAGUGACGCUCUAAAAUAUAUCAGAAGAUGGGUAAUAUCCGUAGCAGAGUCAGGUAAUAAUAAGUUGCAAGAAAGACUUCUAUCUCUAAUAAUUCCAACAUUAGCUGUUUUUAACAAUAAGACAAUAGAGGAAAACCUAUCAGAAAUGGAAGCAGAAAAACUUCCGAGUAAAUUACUUGUUAGAACAGCAUUAAGAAUGAGAAAAGUUGAAUCAAAUAA